UGCUCAGAGGCUGCUCUCAAGAAUUUCUUGUGAAGAUGACACUCCCAUGCGACCAUGGUCAUAGCCAUCUAUAGCUCCUUCAAUUCUCUCUCUAGGCCCACUUGCAGGUGACUGCAUGCACAAGAGGGAGUGUGCUAUAACUCCCAUGCACCAUCUCUCUCUUCUUCUGAUCUCCCCCUCUCUCUACUCCCGUGACGCAUGAGGGCAUAUAAGGCAUGAAGGUGUUCAAGGGCAAGAUUUGGGCAGCCAUCGGGUCACUCAUGGACCACGCGGGCACAGCGUCCACCAAGGCCUCCUUGGCGGCCGUCCCGGACCGGGCCCUCCUCGCCGACAUCGAGGCGGCCGUGGAGCGGUGCACCGGGAGCGCUGGCGGCGGCGACGACGACCGACACGUCCACGAGAUCCUCUUCCUCGUCUCCAACGCGCCGGGCGCGAUCACCUUCCUCUCCCGCCGCAUCACGGCGCGCCUCGAGGCCGUGCGCGCCCCGGCCGCCGCGCUCCGCUCGCUGCUCCUCGUCCACCGCCUCCUCCGUGCCGGCGACCGCUACUUCGAGCAGGACCUCCGCGGCCUCUGGGCGUCCCGCGACCUCCGCGUCGACGCGCCGCGGUGCAGCUGCUCCCCGCUCGCCGCCGGCGUCUCGUACUUCAGCGCCGGCGCGGCGGUCGCCACGGGCGCGUGCGCCUUCGUCCAUGGCUACUCGGCCUACCUCGAAGAGCGCAUGCAGUGGGUGAUCAACCAGGCCGGCAACCUGGAGCCCGCGCGGCAGCCGCCAACGCGCAACCAUGACGACGGCAAGCCCCCACCCCCGCCCUCCUCCUCCCACGACGCCGACGCCGAGACGCUCCUGUUCAAGCUCGCCAUGUGCCAGAGGCUGCUGGACCUCGCCAUCCAGCUGCUGCCAGACAACAACACUAGCGCCUGCGCCGCCGCCCGGUCGGCCUUCGGCAUUGUGCUCCGGGAGAGCUUCAAGGUCUACGACGCCUUCACGGAAGGCCUCGACGCGGUGCUGCUGCGGUCGAGGAGCCUCGCCGGGAUAAGCAAGCCCCUGAGGGUCUCGGCUCACGAGAUACUGAAGAAGGCGUGCACCCAGACGCCGGACCUCAAGGAGUUCUACCACAAGUGCAAGAGGAGCAACGCGAGCAAGAGCCUCGAGUACCCUCUCGUCAGGGUCGUCACGCCGGCACAGGCCGCCGCGAUGGAGAUGUUCCCCAUGCCGAUCCCGGAAGAAGACGGCCAGGAAGCAGAGCCAGAGGCAGAGGCGGAAGCCAGCGACGGUGGUGGUUCGACGUUUGCGCGCAAGAUGGAGACGACGAUCAGCACGGUCUGGGUUGAGUUCGAGGAAGAUGACAAGCUGAUACCUGGUGACGAUCACUCCUUGAAAGAGCCAAAAAGCUAGCUAGCUCGCUCGUAGGAGUUCUUGCAUCUUAUUGUUCAAGUGUGUUAAUUUUGGGUGCUCCGGAUUGGGCGUUCUCGAUUUUACCUCUCUUGUUGAUCUUGUUGUGUGGAAGGUUAAUUAUUUAUUUGAAGGGAUUUGUGUCUUCAUUCAGCUGAGAAUAAGCCAAUUAAUAAUAAUUCUUCUCCGUGUUUAUC